AUGCCGCGCGCUGCUUGCGAAGAGGGCGUCGAUCUGGAGUCGCAAAACUCUGAUGAGCGACAGAAGGCCAUGCGUGCGCAGCUGAUGGCACCGGUCAAGUCGACAACGGACGAGUGGGUUCGCGGCGACCCAGGUCCAUUUGGGCUUCUGUGCUUCGGCAUGACUACCUGCUGGUCUGAAUCUACAUUUCUUCCGACCGUCAUGUGCUACGCCAUGUUCUACGGUGGAUUCGGCCAGUUCGUCGCUGGCGUCCUUGAGUUGAUCAAGGGCAACACUUUCGGCGGCACUGCCUUCGCCAGCUACGGAGCUUUCUGGAUGGGCUGGUUCCUGUUGGAGCUCCUGAUGAAGCAGUACCCCUCGGUGUACAAGACCGCGCUCACGGGCAAGACGCUCUGGUGCGGACUGUGGGCCUUCCUGACGGCCGGAUUCUUCGUUGUGACGCUGCGCAAGAACGGCUGCCUGAUGACCAUCUUCUCAACCCUGGUCAUCACCUUUUCGCUGCUGGCUGGCGGAGUGUGGAACGAGAGCUGCGAGCUGGCCGCGGGCUACUUUGGGUUCUUCUGCGGCGCGUCCGCCAUCUACGCCGCCUUCGCCUUCCUGUACAAAAUUGAGCUCGGAAUCGUGCUGCCAGGCGCGAGGCCCGUUGCAUAUAUUUAG